GGAAGCUGGGAAGUCCUGUUACUGAGGCCCGGUUAGUUGAGCUGAGGAACCUACAGAAGGAAGUGCCAAGUGUCCUUUCCCUGUCGCUGCUCCGGGUCCUGCCCGGUGGGGAACCGCGUGGUGCAGACCUGGGUGCGGAGGACACGGCGGGGUGUCGCGGGGACACGAAAUCUCCCGGAGCCGCAGUCUCCGCGCGGGCGGCCUGGGAAAGUCACAGUCACAGCGCAGUGGCGGGAACCGCAGCCCGGCGGCCCUGGAACCUCCCAGGUCAGAGGAGCUGCGGGGCUGGGACGCGGGAGGGAAGGACGGGGUGCGAGCAGUUUCUCUGCUGUUCCUAAGGAAGCCGGCUCCGAAGUUCUGCUGUGAAUGUCUUUCCCUUGUCGCCAGUGGUGUGACUGUGGACUUGUUCCAGGAGGAGGGGCAAUGCCUGGACCCUGCUCAGAGGGCUUUGUACAGAGAGUGGAUGUUACAGAAUUAGAGCAGUCUGGUGUCUGUGGCUGAGAACAGUUUGCCUGCAGUCUUCCUUGCUCCUCCUCAAAGUUUCUUGGUCAGGCCUCACAGAUCUUGCUCACUUGUGGAGCAGAGCAAAGAGCCCUGGAAGGUGGAGAGGGGGGAGACAGUGGCUAAGGAUCCAGUUACUCCAGGUUGUGGACUCACAUCUGAAGAUUUGGAGCUAGGAACUUCCUAUGAGAGAGAACAUGCAUUCUUUCUGGGCUUGAGGUAACUCUCUAAAUAUGAUCCAUCCAUUUAACUGCAAAGCUCAAGAUUUCAUUUUUUUAUAGGUGGAUAGUAUUCCAUAGCAUAUAUGUACCACAUUUUUACUAUCCAUUUGUGAAUUGAAGAACAUUAAGGUUGUUUCCUUUUUGUAGCUAUUGUGAGUAGAGCAGCAAUGAACAUGGGUGAGCAAGUAUCUGUGAAGUAGAUGUUGAGUCCUUUGAGAAUAUACCAAGGAAUGGAACAGCUGAAUCAUGUGCUAGAUUUAUAACUUCAGAAUUUGUUUAUUUAAUUGAGGAUUCUCCAUAUUGAUUUCUAGAAUGGCUAGAUACUUUGUUCAUAGGGUGUUUAUUCCCUGUGCUUUUGUUUUUUAUGUUGCUGCUAGUUGGAUUAUUGGUAGUAUUCUUCCUUCUCUAUGAGAAGGAAGUAACCAUCAGUGGUUAUUUCCCAGUUCUUCUGUGUUUCUCUGUUCUUCGCAUGAAAUUUAUUAUUUCUCAUGUUCUCAUGGAUAGUUCCUCUGACUCUCGUGUAUGUUUUGCCUCUAGUUUAUUAUCUACAGUGCUGCUUUUCUGAAAUCAGUUGUGUUAAUUCCAGAUUAUCUUGAAAUGCACUUGUGUCUCCACCAAUUUUAAGAAAGUAUUUUUCUAGUUGUAACAAUAUGAUUGACAGUGAUUUUCUCUAAGCUUUAAAUGUCUUUCCAUGCUAUCUUGGAUUUGGGAUUGUCUGAACUCCUGGUUGUAUUCUUUUGCUUGAGUCUUUUCAUAUGGUUUGACAUUGUUCUUUAACUAAUUUCAAUAUUAAUUUUUGCUUUUUCUUUUUGACCCCUUAAUAUGAAAGGCUGGCAAGCCAUUUAUUCAUUGUUUGUGAAAGAGAAACGCAAAGAAGAAAAACAUUAAGAAAUGGCUGAUUCUCCAGUUAAUCUGUCCCAGGGUCUGUUGACAUUCAGGGAUGUGACUGUGGACUUCUCCCAGGAGGAGUGGGAAUGCCUGGACUCUGCUCAGAGGUCUUUGUACAUUGAUGUGAUGUUGGAGAAUUACAACAACCUGGUCUUUGUGGAGAACGAUUACAAAUGUGAUCCUGUCCAUCAACAUGUGAAUAAUGAAAAGGAGUCUUGUCAGUGUACUGAUCUUGGCAAAGUGCUUCAUGACCCCUCCACAUGUGCACUUUAUAGAACAAGUGAAACUCUAGAAAAUGCCAGUAACUACAGAUGCAGUAAUCACAGGGAUGCCUCUAUGGAUUCAUUAAACCCAGAUAGACAUGAAAGCAUGCAAACUGGAGAAGAGCCUUGCAAAUCUAAAGACUGUGAGAAAUCUUUAAAUAUGUGUUCCAACAUUACUCAAGAUCAGAGACUCUACAUUGCAAAGAAAGAGCAGGAAGAAUGUGAUGACUAUUUUGACUCUACGUACAAUCUUAUGCAACAAACAAUCUAUAUUGGAGAGAAACCAUACCAGUGUGAGGAAUGUGGGAAAUACUUCAGUAAUGCCACAAGCCUCAGUGUACACCAGAGAAUACAUACUGGAAAGAAACCCUACAAAUGCAACAUUUGUGACAAAUCCUUUACCCAGUGCACAAAUCUUAAAACACAUCAAAGACUUCAUACUGGAGAGCGACCUUAUGAAUGCAGAGAAUGUGGGAAGUCAUUUCGUCACUUGUCAGCAUUUAAAAAUCAUCAGAAAAUGCAUACAGGAGAGAAGCCUUACAAAUGUAAGGAAUGUGACAGAUCCUUUUCCCAGUGCUCAAGUCUUAAAACACAUCAAAGACUUCAUACUGGAGAGAAACCUUAUAAAUGCAAAGAUUGUGGAAAGUCAUUUCGUCAGUCCUCAGCACUCAAAAGCCAUGAAAAAUUGCAUACAGGAGAGAAGCCUUACAAAUGUAAGGAAUGUAAUCGAUCCUUUGCCCACUAUUCUAGUUUUAGGAGACAUCAGAAAAUCCAUACUGCUGAGGAACGUUGUAGUUAUGAAGCAUGUGGCAAGGUCUUUCAUCAGCUCUCACAUCUUAAAAGCCAUUACAGACUCCAUACUGGAGAGGAGCCUUAUGAAUGCAAUGACUGUGAAACAGUACCUUUACCCACUAUUAACCAUUUAGAAGGCAUCAUAAAACUCAUUCUUUAGAGAUAUUGUGGUAAGGCAUAGAUUGUGGUAAGUCCUUUCCUGAAAUAUCAUAUCUUAAAAGGCAAUACAGGAUCCAUACUGGAAAGAAACCUUAGAAAUGUGAGGUAUGUGACAGAUCCUUUAACCAGGACUCACAUAACACAUCGCAGAGUUCAUACUGGAGAGAGAACUUACAGUUGUAAGGAAUGUGACAGAUCUUUUACUAGGUGCAAUUAUCUUAGAGCAGAUCAGAAAAUUCAUACUGGAAAGAAACCUUACAAAUGCAAAGACUGACAUUCUAUGUCCAUAUUGCCAAUCUUAGAAGAUAUCAGUAAAUUCAUACUAGAGAGAAAAAUACCAUUGUAAAUAAUGUGAUGUAGCAUUUAUCUGCAAAUCUCUCUGCUUACAAAUCCCAACAAUAUACAUAAUAGAAACAUGAAGAUAAGAACUUCUGAAUGCCUUUAGUGAAGGUCUAAAUAUUAGAAAAAUAUCACAGGGUUUCUAUUAAAAUUCUGCAAAAGUAAUGGGAAAAGUUUUUUCUUAAUGUAUAUGGUUGCUUUGCCUGCAGGUACUUCUGUAUGUAUGCAAGUAUUUCAUGCCUGGUGCCUAUCAAGGCCAGAAGAGGUGAUUAGGUUCCCUGAAGCUGGAUUAACAGAAAGUUGUGAACGGUGCAUGUGUUGGGAAUUGAACAUGGGUCCUCUGGAAUAGUAUCCAGUGCUUUUAACCACUAAGCUAUAUCUCCAGCCUGUGGAAAAUGCUGUAAUAAAAGCAUUUAUCUUGUUCAAUGUGCAAAAACAUCAUAAUAAUGUCAGGCUAAGUGGUGCACACCUUUAAUUCCAGCACUUAGAAUGCAGAAGCAGGAAGAUC